AUGGUAAAGUUUCUGCGGCUGGCUUUGGCAUUUGUUCUGGCUCUUGCUCAUGCUGAGAUUGAAGGAAAGUGGGUUACUACUGCAAUCACUGCAGACAAUGCUGACAUAAUAGAGGAAGGAGGACCUAUGAGACUCUAUGUUCGUAAACUUGCUUGUACUGAGACAUGUAAUAGGUUGGAAGACACAUUUUAUAACAAGGCGAAUGGUCAAUGUACAAAGACCAAAGUCAUUGCAAAUAGGCAAGCAGAUGGCCAGUACAGAGCCAAGUUUGAAGGUGAUGAUAUAUUUGCACCUGUGUAUGCAACACCAGAGUGCAUAACCUUUGUUGGUCAGAAUGUGGAUAGAACUGGCUGGACAACAAACCUGAUUUCUGUUGUUGAAAAAGGACAAUCUUUGACUCCUGUACAAUAUGAAAAACUUAAGGAAUUUGCUAAGGUCCAGAAUAUUCCCAAAGAAAAUAUUCAAGAUAUUCUGGCUACAGACCCAGCCCUACAGGAAGUACUAGAAAGGAAACCCCAACCCAAAGAAAUUAACUGCACAGACAAAAACACAGAGAACAGAUAA